AUGUCUGCACGAUCGCUCAUCCGAACUGCGCGCCCGCUGCGCACCGCCGUCACGCUGCCCGCGCACUCCACGUUCUCCGCCCUCCGCACCGCCACCCGCCAGCCCCUCCUUCUCCGCACCGCUGCUCCCUCGUACCGCACGUUCAGCACCACCCCGCUCGUGCGCUCCAAAGACACCACCUGGCAGUCCAAGGGCACGGUCAAGUACUCUGAGCUCAAGCCCGAAACCGAGUCGCCCUCCGGCGAGAUCACGAUCAUCGACGUGCGCGAGCCCAACGAGGUCGCGCAGGGCAUCAUCCCCUCGGCCGUCAAUGUGCCCCUCUCACAGUUCCAGAAAGCCUUUUCUGGCUCCGGUGGCGACUUUGUCCGCGACUUUGCCUUCCAGCGCCCAGAGUACGACGACAAGAUCGUCUUCUACUGCAGGAGCGGCAAGCGCUCCCAACAGGCCCUUGAGUUUGCCCAGAAGAACGGCUGGUGGAAUGUACGCAACUACGAAGGCUCAUGGCUAGACUGGGUCCAGCAGGAAGAGGCGCGUGGCCAAGCGUCCAAGAUCAAGGAAGACGACGACUAA